AUGCGGCAAAAUCUCCUUCAUCCCAGGAGCCGGCUCUCCAUCACUCAAUGGCUGGAAAGGAGUUUACUUUCCUUCUGGCCAGUUUCGGUAAACCAAGCGGCUUCUUACUGCAGCAGAAGAGCAGGUCGGAAAAAUCAGAUGCCCUCUCCCAUAGAUCCAUCCGCGAUCUUCGGAAAGCAUCUACUUAUGGACGAAAAACUAGAAGAAAACAGGGUGCUUUCUCCUUUUUCCUUUCAACUGGUGCUCAGCCUCCUUGCCGCUGGCUCUGCCGGUUUCACCCGCCGUCAGCUUGUCAAGUUCUUCGGCGUUGAUUCAGUCGGCCGGCUCAAUCGCGACGCCUCCCAAAUUUGCGGCCCCAUCAUGGCCGAUGCCGCUGUCGGCCCUCGUAUGCGUUGCUCCACUGGCUUGUGGCUUGACCAAUCCCUUACUCUGAAGGCCUCUUUUAAGCAGAUUCUAGACUCUCAUUAUAGAGCCGGUCUGAACCCAGCGGACUUUCAGGCCAAGGCUGUUGAUGGGAGCUCAGUGAAGCUCGUCUUUACAAAUGCACUAUACUUUAAAGGAGCAUGGCGUGGGGAAUCACUUCCAUGCCUUUUAAGCAAUAGCCAAGAGGAGCAAGAAGACUUUGAUUUAGAUCCCUUCUCGGCUGCCAUGAGCAAGGAAGAAUUUGGUAGAUGGCACAGGGGUUACACAAUGCUUAUUCAACAAUUUAAAAAGCCUAGGAAAGACGAGCGCGAUGCCGAAAUGUAUUUCUGUUUCCCAGGGAUAGACGCUGAAGAUGGGCGAAGAAGCCUUGUUCGUGAAACCUUAAUGGAUGCAGGCGGGCACACGACCCCAAAACUAAAUAUUACUUCCGAGAUGGAAGCUUGUGAUGCGCUGAGGGGACUGGGGGUGACAUUGCCAUUUUCUGGAGGGAAGUUGACGGAGAUGUUAAGUCGUUUUAAUGGUCGGAAGUUAUAUGUUUUGAGCAUAUUUCAGAAGUCAGUGCUUGAAAUGAAUGAACAAGAGACUGAAGCUGCAUCAGCCAGCACCGUGAUUGUAACGUCUGGUUGCCCACCAUCUUUGCCGCCGGUACCUACAAUACGCGCGGAACCUGGAUACCCCUUCUUCCUUCAUGGAGGUCUUCUCGCCGCUAAAACAGACUCGGCGUUUAUGGCAUUAUGUCCUUAG